UCCCCUCAGCCGGGCUGCGCGCGGCGGAGCAGCAAUUACACCAUGGAGGCCGUUCCACAGCCACUGCCCGGCGGGACUGCCGCCGCCGCCGCCUCCACUGCCACUGCUCCCCUGCCGCCGCAGCAGCCCCCGGCGCAGGAACGGAAGCUGGAGCAGGAGAAGCUGUCGGGGGUGGUGAAGAGCGUCCACCGGCGGCUGCGCAAGAAGUACCGGGAAGUGGGAGACUUUGAUAAGAUCUGGCGUGAGCACUGUGAGGAUGAGGAAACUCUGUGUGAAUAUGCUGUGGCAAUGAAAAACCUUGCAGAUAAUCACUGGGCAAAAACUUGUGAAGGAGAAGGCCGAAUUGAAUGGUGUUGCAGUGUAUGCAGAGAAUAUUUUCAGAAUGGUGGGAAAAGAAAAGCACUUGAGAAAGAUGAAAAAAGAGCACUUCUUGCUUCUAAGACCACUCCAGCUUCAAGUGUCCCCCAGGCUCCCAAGAUCGAAGACCCCUUGCCAGACUCUGGCUUGACAAAUCAUGAAGCUGUAACAGAAGAAUUGCUCCACUCCUUGGGGAAGAUCAGGUUACUUGAUGUUGGUAGCUGCUUUAAUCCAUUUCUGAAGUUUGAAGAAUUUCUGACAGUUGGUAUCGAUAUUGUUCCAGCUGUUGAGAGUGUAUACAAAUGUGACUUCUUAAAUCUUCAAAUUCAGCAACCACUCCAACUGGCACAAGAUGCUAUAGAUGCCUUUCUUAAGCAACUGAAAAACCCUAUUGAUUCUCUACCUGGAGAAUUAUUCCAUGUUGUUGUUUUCUCACUCCUCCUUUCUUACUUUCCGUCACCCUAUCAACGAUGGAUAUGCUGCAAGAAGGCACAUGAACUUCUCGUAUUAAAUGGCUUACUGCUUGUAAUAACUCCUGAUUCAUCUCAUCAGAAUCGCCGGGCUAUGAUGAUGAAAAGCUGGAAAAUUGCCAUAGAGUCCUUGGGUUUUAAACGCUUCAAGUAUUCCAAGUUUUCUCACAUGCACCUGAUGGCAUUUAGGAAGACUUCCCUGCAAACAACAAGUGACUUAGUUAGCAGGAACUACCCAGGAAUGUUGUAUAUUCCACAGGAUUUCAACAGUAUAGAGGAGGAGGAGUAUUCCAACACUUCCUGCUAUGUUCGAUCAGAUACAGAAGAUGAACAACUAGCUUACGGUUUUAUGGAGCUACCUGAUGCUCCUUAUGACUCAGACUCUGGAGAAAGCCAGUCGAGUUCAAUUCCUUUCUAUGAGCUAGAAGAUCCUAUAUUGCUUCUAAGUUAAUGUAGUUGUUGAAAGGCCCUUUCAGUCAAACUCUUGCUUAACUGAUUUUGCUAUACUAACAUGGGCUCAACACACAAAAAUGGUUUGCAUAAAGAAUGCAAAGGUUUACAGA